AAGAACAUGUUGUGUAGAGUUUAAUGUAAAUUCUAGUCAGAGUUAAGUGCUGUUGCGCUGCCCAUCCGCUCCAGAAGGUGGUGCUAAAGCCCGCCGAACGACAGUGUUCAGCGACUUGUCACGUAUUUACAUUGCUUCCCAGUUCCUACAGCUGUGGCCUUUGGAGAUAUGGAAGUCGGCGUAAACUUUAUCAAUCUGUUUUAGAGUCAAUUAUACGAGUUUCACUCAUCAGUUCAUCGUUCAGGAUGAGCGCGCAGCAGAUGAUGAAAGUCUUCGUCACCAGACGUAUUCCGCAAGAGGGCAUGAAAAUACUCCAAAAAGCCGCCGGCAUGUGUAAUUUAUCAGUGUGGGACUGUGAUGAGCCUGUGCCCCGUGCAGAGCUGCUGAAAGGGGUGGCAGGUGCUCAUGGGCUUCUCUGUUUACUCUCGGACAAAAUCGAUACCGAGGUCCUGGAUGCGGCAGGACCCAACUUGAAAGUGAUCAGCACUCUCUCGGUAGGAUUUGACCAUCUUGCCAUAGAUGAAAUAAAGAAAAGAGGGAUACGAGUAGGUUACACUCCUGACGUUUUGACAGAUGCUACUGCGGAGCUGACCGUAGCUUUGCUCUUGGCCACUGCUCGACGUCUCCCCGAAGGUGUAGAGGAAGUCAAAAAUGGUGGCUGGAGCACAUGGAAGCCUCUGUGGUUAUGUGGCUAUGGACUGUCUGGCAGCACUGUAGGGGUGAUUGGAUUGGGACGUAUAGGUCUGGCGAUUGCAAGGCGACUGAAACCAUUUGGAGUUAAAAGGUUGCUCUACACAGGCAGACAACCCAAACCUCAGGCCCAAGAGGUUGAGGGAGAAUAUGUGCCAUUAGACACUUUGUUGAGUGAGAGUGAUUUUGUGGUCGUGUCCUGCUCUUUGACUCCUGAAACUCAGGGCCUUUGUGACCAAACCUUCUUCAGCAAGAUGAAGAAAACAGCAAUCUUUAUCAACACCAGCAGAGGUGCAGUUGUGAAUCAAGAGGACUUGUUUAAGGCCCUCGGGAGUGGACAGAUUGCAGCAGCAGGCCUUGAUGUCACAACUCCCGAACCCUUGCCCACUGACCACCCACUGCUGACCCUUAAUAACUGUGUCGUUCUUCCCCAUAUUGGUAGUGCCACCUACAACACACGUGGUGUGAUGGGUGAACUGUCUGCAAACAACUUGCUGGCAGGCCUCAGAGAUACUGAAAUGCCCAGUGAGUUAAAGUUGUAGUGUUCUGAAUUGUGCCUUAUCCAAAAUCUGAAGUUAAAAUAUCAGCAAGUGAAUAAAUACAUGGUCUUUACAAAAUUAGAUUUUAGAAGGCAGAGGACAUACUGGAAUUUUGAUCAUGAUUUACUCUUGUGACAAAACUUCACUGUAACGGCAAAAAGUUUUCUGUAUCUAACAACAGAUUUAUUGAAAGAUGGUAUUUUGGCAUCUCAUGGAGAACCACAUUUUGUUUAACAGAUAGUUAAGCUGCAUUUCUAAACAUGAAUAAAAUGGAAUACAAUGUCAACAUCA